AUGGGCCCAAGAUCACCACCUAAAAAUAACGCAAUUAUUAGCAAUAAUAAUACUAGCAUUAAUAAUAAUAUGGUUCCUACUACAAUAUCAAAUGAUAUUGCUGGUACUUUAAUGGUAGAAGAAACUCCAAAUCCCAAUAAUAACUUUCAACAAAAUCCUAAUCAGCAGCAAUCAAAUAAACAAUAUCCUACUCAAGAAAAUAAUUAUCUUCAGCAACAGCAAAAUUAUCCUCCACCAACAUCAACAUCAACGUCACAAUUGCCUAAUCAAUUACAUCAACAAGGUCCAACCCCCAAUAAUAACUUUCAACAAAGUUUCAAUCAGCAGCAAUCAAAUCAACAACAUUCUACUCAAGGAAACAAUUAUCUUCAUCAACAUCAAAAUUUUUCUCCACCAGCAUCAACAUCAACAACGCCAAUACCAACACAAUCGUCUAAUCAAUUAUAUCAACAAACACCAAAUCCCAAUAAUAACUUUCAACAAAAUCCCAAUCAGCAAUCAGACCAACAGCAUCCUACUCAAGAAAAUAAUUAUCUUCAGCAACAUCAAAAUUUUCCUCCACCAACAUCAACAUCAACAUCAACAACGCCAAUACCAACAUUGCCUAAUCAAUUAUAUCAACAAGGUCCAAACCCCAAUAAUAAUUUUCAACAUAAUUCCAACCAGCAAUCAAAUCAACAUCAUCCUGCCCAAGAGAAUAAUUAUCUUCAUCAACAGCAAACUCAUCAAAAUUAUCCUCCAUCAAAAUCAAACUCAACAACACAAUUGUCUCAACAAACUCCAAAUCCCAAUAAUAAUUUCCAACAAAAUCCUAACCAGCAAUCAAAUCAGCAACUUCCUACUCAAGGAAAUAAUUAUAUUCAUCAACAGCAAACUUAUCAAAAUUUUUCUUCACCAACAUCAACGUCAACGACGCCAAUAUCAACGCAAUUGCCUAAUCAAUUAUAUCAACAAACUCCAAAUCCCAAUAAUAACUUUUCAUCAAAAGGUAAUGAAUCUACUACGUAUGGAAACCAUACAACACAAAAUGCACAUCAGGAAUUUUAUAAUCAACAAUAUCAUAAUUCAUACGAAAACUAUUCUAGUAAUAGCAAUCAAGCUCAUUUAAGAGCUCAUAUGCCAGGACAACACAUUCACGGGCAACAAUCUUCUGAGGUUACCGUUGGACCUGAUGGUAACCCAUUACCAUCUUUGUUAACAAAUGGAAGUGGAUUCAAUUUAUUUGAAAAACGUGCUACUACACCUGACAGUCACUUUUCCAUGAGUAGUACUAGUUCAAGAUCAUCUAUUAACAAAAAUAUAAGAUUAUUAAUAGAUGAAAAAAAUGAAAAACUUCAAUCAAUGACUUCGUUAACGCUAGAAAAAGAUGAUGCGGCUCUCCAGAAAUAUGCCGAUGCUGCAAGGAAACUUAAUGAUCCCAGCAUACAAAUGAAUUAUGUAAAAUUUCUUAUUAAUAUGAUGGAAAAUCGUACAAAGCCUAAUGAAACUGACAAUUCAGAAUCUGUUGAAAAAGAUUCUACAACUAACAAGUUUUAUGAAGAAAUUAAGACUUGGAUUGAUUUACUUGUUAAAAACAACUAUCAUGAAGCUUUGUAUACUAAAGGCACUUGGCAUGAAUAUGGAAAGUUUGGUAAGAAAGUUAAUCUAGAUAAAGCCUUCAAGUUAUAUUUAUCAUCAUCAAAGUUGGAUUUUCCAAAAGCAUCAUACAAAGUUGCGCAGUACUAUGAAAAAAAUCGAGAUGUCAAAAGAGCAAUUCAAUUUUACAAAAAAGGUGCAGCAAAUGGAGACGUUCCAUCAUUAUAUGUAACGAUCAAUUAUAUACAAGCUUUAAUAUAUUUGAAACAAGCAGUGACAAAAGUUAACGAAGAAUGUCCAGAAGUAGCAUACGUUUAUGGAUUGAUAUUAGCUAAACAAUAUGAAAAGGCAAAUAUUCCAGAUGAUAUUGUUUCUCCAGAUGAUUCUACAGCAAAGACUUUUAUACAAAAGGCUGCAAACUUAGGUUACGGGCCAGCUUUAUAUAAAAUGGGGCAUUGUUAUGAGUAUAAGCAACUUACUUGUCCAUUUGAUCCCUUACUUUCUAUUUCAUAUUAUAAACGAGCUGCAGAAAUGGGUGAAACAAAAGCAGACUUGGCAUUGAGUAGAUGGUAUCUUUGUGGAGCUGAAGGUUAUUUUGAUCCAGAUGAAUCUUUAGCUUAUGAACAUGCUGAAAAGGCUGCAUCAAAAGGCAUCGCAGAAGCUGAAUUUGUGAUGGGAUAUUUUUAUGAUAUGGGAAUUCAUGUGACUCCGAAUCCUCAAGUAGCAAAUGAAUGGUAUACGAAGGCUGCCGAGAAAGGUAAUGAAGAUGCAAAAAAAAGAUUGGCUAAUGGUGGUAUAAUAACUCGUAAAGAUUAUGAAGAAAUUGAAUUGAAAAAAAAAUCUAAAGAUUGUAUCAUACAAUAA